AUGCCGACCCAUGAACACGUACAAACAGCACAGGAUUACCUGACGUCCGACGACCGGAAACUGGCUUCCGGCCAUGUGCUGCCGGGCUCCGAAAAACUGUGGGGCUCCGCCUCCUAUGCCGUGAUGGCGGUUACUCAGCGGUGUGGCUGGCCAUUGGUUAGCCGCCGCGCCUUGCCGCUCAACGUACUGCGAUUGGCGGAAGAGACCAACGACGCGGCGUUCGACUCGGAGUUCCCAACCGCGGAGAGAUUUCACGAAAACUUCUUCCACCAGUUCAACGUCUUCCACCAGUUUAUGGAAAACCACGAACUUCGAGACGAUCCACCCAUCGUCUACCGGUUCGUUAAUCGAAUGCUCGGCCGGCUGGCUUAG